UGCGUUAGCUCAAUGUCAGCGAGUACAAACGUUUGUAGCGGCGGCAGUGUUCUUACAGCUCCUUCAUGCGGCUGUACAUGACGUUCAGUGGUUAGUGAAGACGGGGAGUGCGGUUUGAGAGCUUCACCGUGAACGACAGUAGUUUUCUGUCGGAGCUCGAGAAUCCGAGCAGCUUCGAGAGCAUGCUGGCGUACACUCGGCUCUGCAGAUGAAGGCGGGCCGUCGAUACCUGCGAGCCUUCAUCAGUGGAUUCUUUGUUGCAGUUCCAGUCACAGUGACUGCACUCGAUCGGCUGGCUUAUGUGGCUCGAGUGGAAGGAGCGUCCAUGCAGCCAUUCUUCAACCCAGAAGGAGGAUCAGACUGUGAUGUGGUGUUGCUGGACCGUUGGAGUGUGAGAAACUACCAAGUUCAGCGAGGUGACAUCGUCUCAGUUUUAUCUCCCAAGAAUCCCAAACAGAAGAUCAUCAAGCGUGUUAUUGGCCUGGAGGGAGACUUCAUCAGGACUCUCAGCUACAAGAACAGAUACGUUCGAGUCCCUGACGGUCACUUCUGGAUUGAAGGGGAUCACCAUGGACACAGUCUGGACAGCAACAGUUUUGGACCGGUGUCCGUGGGGCUCCUUCAUGGUCGGGCCUCUCACAUCAUCUGGCCACCAAACCGCUGGCAGCGGAUCUCGCCGUCCCUCCCUCCUCAUCGAGGCCCUCUGGAAACUGAAGAGGAGGAGGAAGACGGAUGAAGAGACUCCACACCUGUCGACUGAGUCCAGAUCAUGUCGUAGUGCCAGGUCACUUUACAGAAACUCUGCUCAGUUAUUUACAGCCCAGUUUGAACAUGUCAGAGUCUGGAUGGUGCAGGUUUCUUCACGCUGCAGCAGAGAGAAGACACUAGAGUUUUUCUGCAGACAUUCACUUUCAGGAUGAUUUCACAUGUAAACAUGCCAAAUAUACAUUUGUUUCAUAGGACGAAUCAGACUGCAUAUUUUUAUUAUUAAUUACAUUAAAAUUGUGGAAAACCA